CAGUUUUACUAAUUUUUACACUUCCGGUAGUUCGAAGCCGCAUAAAGCAUUUUUUUAAGUUCUUUUUUAGGCAUCGAGCGAAUAGAUUCUUGUAUUUUUUAAAAAGACACUUUAUAGUAAAAACGAUGGGUAAACCGUCAAAAAAGCGAAGCAAAGAAAAAAAAGAAAAAUGGAAAUUUGAAUCUGGAAAGAUUGCUCAAUCUCAAAAGUUAGUGGCUGAUGCCAAUGAAAUUGCAGAUCCUAUGACUCUGAUUGAACCGUUUCGAAAAUUUGAUAGAAAUGGGUUGACUAUUAAUAUAUCUUGCGAAUGGGCAGCGAAAAUGGACGUGAAAUGUCGUGAUUGGGCAAUUAAUUUAACAAGAAAAAAUAUGAAAGAACUGUAUGAAGCAUGUGAAUGGGGAUGGAACGACAAAGCAAAGAAAUCUGAAAUGGAAGAAGAUGCUGCUCGAUAUCUCAUUGCCAGAGACGAAAAAGGCGAUCCGCAGGCCUGCGUUCACUUUCGCUUUGAUUUGGAUGAUGAUAUCGAAGUCGUAUACUGUUAUGAGAUUCAGCUCGAAGAGUCUGUGAGAAGAAAAGGACUAGGCAAGUUUCUCAUGCAGAUACUGGAAUUGCUAGCAUUAAAAACUGGAAUGAAGAAAGUUGUUGCUACAGUUUUGAAGCAUCACGUAGUUUCAAAAUCCUUCUUUGAAAAAUUGAAGUAUCAGCUCGAUGACACAAAUCCUGAUGAUCAGAUAUCUUCAGUCGUUAACAACGUCGAAUAUUGCUACAUAAUCGUUAGCAAAAUCAUUCCAGUAAAGAAAGCGUGA